UUUCUAGGCUUUUUUUCCCGGCGGGAACGCUGCCCGCAGCCUACUCGGAGUAAUGGCGACAGCCCAGGUAUUGAACAUUGGUAAAAAGCUGUAUGAAGGUAAAACAAAAGAAGUCUAUGAAUUGUUGGACAGUCCAGGAAGAGUCCUCCUGCAGUCCAAGGACCAGAUUACAGCAGGCAAUGCAGCUAGAAAGAAUCACCUGGAAGGAAAAGCUGCAAUUUCAAAUAAAAUUACCUGUUGUAUUUUUCAGUUGUUACAAGAGGCAGGUAUCAAAACUGCUUUCUCCAAGAAAUAUGGGGAGACAGCUUUCAUUGCACCCCAGUGUGAAAUGAUUCCAAUUGAAUGGGUUUGCAGAAGAAUAGCAACUGGUUCUUUUCUCAAAAGAAAUCCUGGUGUUAAGGAAGGGUAUAAGUUUUGCCCACCCAAAGUGGAAAUGUUUUUCAAGGACGAUGCCAAUAAUGACCCCCAGUGGUCUGAAGAACAGCUAAUUGCUGCUAAGUUUUGCUUUGCUGGACUUGUCAUAGGCCAGACUGAAGUGGAUAUCAUGAGUCACGCUACACAGGCUAUCUUUGAAAUACUGGAGAAAUCCUGGUCGCCCCAGAACUGUACACUGGUUGAUAUGAAGAUUGAAUUUGGUGUUGAUGUAACCACCAAAGAGAUUGUUCUUGCUGAUGUUAUUGAUAAUGAUUCCUGGAGACUCUGGCCAUCAGGAGAUCGAAGCCAACAGAAAGACAAACAGUCUUACCGGGACCUCAAAGAAGUAACCCCUGAAGGGCUCCAAAUGGUGAAGAAGAACUUUGAGUGGGUUGCAGAAAGAGUAGAGUUGCUUUUGACACCAGAAAGUCAGUGCAGGGUUGUAGUAUUGAUGGGCUCUACAUCUGAUCUCGGUCACUGUGAGAAAAUCAAGAAGGCCUGUGGAAGCUUUGGCAUUCCGUGUGAACUUCGGAUAACAUCUGCCCAUAAAGGGCCAGAUGAAACUCUGAGGAUUAAAUCUGAAUAUGAAGGGGAUGGAAUUCCUACUGUGUUUGUGGCAGUGGCAGGCAGGAGCAAUGGUUUGGGACCAGUGCUGUCUGGGAACACUGCAUAUCCAGUUAUCAACUGUCCUCCCCUCACUGUGGACUGGGGAGCUCAGGAUGUGUGGUCUUCUCUCCGACUACCCAGUGGUCUGGGUUGUUCAACCAUACUUUCUCCAGAGGGAUCAGCUCAGUUUGCUGCUCAGAUAUUUGGAUUAAACAACCACUUGGUGUGGUGCAAGCUGCGAGCAAGCAUGUUGAACACAUGGAUUUCCUUGAAGCUAGCUGACAAGAAAGUCAGGGAACACGAAAUAUAAGAAAGGAUGGCAUUGCGUUUUUUAGGGAAAAACUACAAAUUUCUAGUUUAGGUAGAAAUUUGAAGAAACUCAAGUAAAAUGAAAAGAUAAUUUUUAAUCAGAAAACAAAAUGUAUU